GUAUCUGGGGUGCUGGGAGGAGAGAAGAGGUGCCUGUCUCCAUUUUAUGGCCUCAACAAACUAAGUGCUGUGCCCCAGUUCUCGUCAGAGAUCCCUGAAAAAGAACGUCUUCCCAUCCAUUAACAUACCUGGAAAGAUACUGGAACUCCUUAUUAAACAAUCAGUUUGUCAGCACCUACAGGACAAUUUGGUUCUUAGGACUAGUGAGCAUGGACUUGUCAAGAACAAAUCAUUCCAAACCAAUCCUAGCUCCUUCUUUGGCAGGGUUACGGGCCUAGUGGAGGUGGGUAAACAGUAGAUGUGAUCCAUCUUGGUGUUAAUAAGGACAUUCUCACAAACAAACUAGGGAGAUGUGGUCUAGAUGCAAUUAGUAUAAUAUGUGUGCACAGAUGGUUGCAAGCCCGUACUCCAACAGCCCAGAACCAAACAGCAGGAAGCAGAUCAUGCAAUGAACUCCUGCCAGUGCGUGUAGAUUGCAUUACAUGCACCCCUGUGCGGGGAGGAGGAGCUGCUCUGGCUGGGGCAGGGAUGGGGAGGGACCAAACAGGCUGGUUAGUGAGAGGCUGCCUUGACCCCAGACUCACACCCGCUCCCCGCUCGGUUCCAGGGUGGCCAGGCUCCUGAGGAUGUUCAGGAAGAAGGCUCUGCAGGUGGCCCCAGAGCCUGAGGGAAGCAGCUGCCAUCUUCCCCUGGAGCAGAGCGGCCCCUCCGUCCCCGCUGGCAGGGAAGGAGCUCCCGGCCGUGCCAGGAGGUGGAAGUGCCCAGCCUUCUGGCGGAGAAAACCCGCUCCCAGCGCAGGCGCCGAGGUGGGAGAGGCCAGGUCGAAAUGGAGCUGGGCCAGGCUGCGGCUGGGCAGGCAGGACCCAGCGCAGGAGGGGAGCCGGGCAGGGUGACUCUGGGGCAUGUUGUGUGGGCAGCAGCAGCCCCAGAAGCCCAGUCCUGAUUCCCAGCAGGAGGCAUUGCCCUGCCCGGUCAGUGAGGACCUUCCAGCCUCCCCAGGGCAGGAGGUGGAGGAUCCCUGUUCCACCACCAGCAGCUCGGCCCGCUCCCCAUGGGACAGCAGCAGUGCCUGGGACUCGGGCAGCAGCGAGGCCGAUGGACGCCGCUGCUUUGUUCUAGGAGGAGGCCCAGCAGCUCGUGUUCCUGCACGCCAUCCACCCCGCGUCUCGCUGCACAGCAGAGAGGGCAGGACACAUUGGAGCCGCACUGCUGCAAGGCGGCUGUGGCGGAGAGGAUUGUGCACCAUGACACCUGCCCUGGAGCCAGAGCUGGAGACCCACCUCCUCCGAGCUGCCCUGCACGCCGUCUUCACCCUGGGCAUGGAGAAGGACACCACCCAAGUGCAGGAUCUGCCUAGGGUCUUGCCAGACCUCCUGGACACCAUGCUGGGGAACCUGCUGGCAGAGUCCCCAGACACCGACAGGCUCCAGUACAUCUUGGAGCACAUUAACUACUGGAUCGUGUCCAGGGUGCCGCGAGAGAGAGCCAGGGCCGUUAAGAGCAGCACGGCCCUGCUCAGAUUCACCAUCACCCUCCCUGAGUUUGACAACUCAGCGGAAUUCCCCAGGAUGGGUCACCACAUGGCACAGCUAGCUCUGUCCGUCAGUGACCCAGCCAAGGACAUCAGCCGGCAGGCCAGGGAGGGGGUUUACCAGCUCUACCACCUGCUGCUGCACCAGAGGGGUAAGGAACCCAGCUGGGAAAUGGCACCUGCUAGAAGAGUGAGACUGGGACCCCAGCCAAUUUCUCUCAGACUGACCCCGGCUGGAGGAUGAGUCUCUCUAUCUCUUUCUGUGUUCCACACCACGCCCUGCAAUUCUGUUGGGCCGGGCACGCAGCGAGGACUCUGCCCACUGUGCAGCCACCAAUGGGAUUGGAAGGACACAAGCUCUGCAACCAGAAGGACAAAUGUGUGUGUGUGUCUCUCUCCCUGUCACCUACUCCCUCCUGGGGGAAACCCAGCAGUUGAUGGGGGACAAGGUGAGCAGCUGCAUUAGACUCAGGAGAUUGGGGCGGGGCCCAGGCCUCCUUCCCAUCCUGUGGCCAUUCGCUGGCCUGGCACAAGGAGCCUGGUGGGGAAUGAAAGGGAGAGCAGGUGCUCCUGGGAAGGGAGAUGAAUUCACCUCCAUGAGCAGGAGCGAGCCAGCUUGUCCCUGGAGCAGCUCCAGCCCAGCUCUUUAGCCAGGCUAAUUAAUGAAAAGCUUUGCCUCAUCCCAGACUUAUGUUCUUAGGACAGGGUGCUAUCGCUCUUGGGAAGGGCAGGAGAGUCCCCCAAGUGCCCUCUGCGAGACUCUCCUGUCCCACAGGGCCGCACCCAAUUCCUAGUGGUCUGGUGUCUGUGUUACCCGAGCCACCACCCAGAGUUGCUCCCAUCACUGGCAGCCUGGGAGGCCAAGGACUGACGGGUGAUGGCGUCUGACCAGGCAGGGCUGAGGCACAUGGGAAGGUGACGCUUGUCCUGCUGCUGGCAAGGCUGGACCCGUUCUGGAGAGAACAGGAGGAUUCAGUCAGCAGUAGGGUUACCAUGUCUAAUAAAUAAAAAAAGAGGACCCUCCACGGGCCCUGGCCCCGCCCAUUUCCCCUCCC